AGUCAACGCCCAAUGCAUUCUGGUCCCUGUGCUGAAGAAACGGUUCGGUGCCUACCGGAAUCUCAAGAAUUUGAGGUGUCCAUCCAGCCCCCAGAAUCACUCGGUUUUCUUUCACCGACAAUCGAAAAGGUAAAUAUUGUAUUGUAUUUAUUAGCAAGUUGUAAUAUUUCACUGCCUCGUCGAAUUAGAUACGUUGCUUUAACUUCCUGUCGCAUCCCAAGUAGCUUGUUAGCUAGCCUUUAGCAAAAAGGUUGGCUAGCUAAGUUAACGUUAGCUAGCUUUCAAAGCUUGCUUUUAGACACCUUGCCGGAGAAAAAGUAAUUGAGCUAGCCACCAUUGGAAAUCCAUUAAAUGUAUCACAAUUUACAUAGCUUGUAUCUACACAGCCCGACUUGAAAUAUGUGUUCGCUGGCUAGGUAUUGCCAGAGCCAUAUAUUUAAUCAAUACAUGGCUCUGGGUAUUGCUAGCUAGCUAGCUAACUUAAACGUUAUAGAGGCAUAUCUCAAGCCGGAUUGAAUGUCUGGAUAGACUCAUGUUAGUUAACCAAACGGAGACAGCUAAUUAUGCAUUAUUUGAAGUAACUACAAUAUAACUUAGUUGUAUUUUCAUUCAUUGAGACAGCGCUUUCAUAACCCAGUCUCAGUAGUUCUGAAAGAAAGAUGUCCCGGCACUAUUUCAAGUCAAUUUCUCUGGCCUCCUCAGAAAAGAGCCCGUCUGUUGUCAGCUGACUUGUGAUGAAGUCAAAUGUUCCACUAACUGUAGGAAGAAAUAGCUUAGCAGUGUUUUAAUAUAAUUUCCAGUUUGAACAUAUUACUUAGUUAUAGAAAAGUCACUAGCUAGAUAAAUAAAAGUACAGAGUUGAAUUGGACAAAACCAGCUUAAGCAACGUAAAUGCAUUUGUGAAGUGAAAGCUUCAAAAAAAGUUGUAAGGGAUGGCUGUCAGUUUUUUUUUGUGGUGAGACAUUCUUUUGAAAAGUCAUUCUGAGCAGAGAGCAGACUUCCUGUCUCUCAAAGUCCCCUAAAUCAUGUAGGCAAUGCUACCCUCCAUUUUGUUAGUGUACACAGUUGUCAUUCUCUUUAAGUAAUAAAUAGGCCAAUUGAUAUAGUAUUUGCAUGUUCUGCUGAAAACAGAAGUACACUAUAUCUACAGAAGUAUGUGGAUUUGGCUAUUUUAGCCACACCGUUGCUGACAGGUGUAUAAAAUCGAGCACACAGCCAUGCAAUCUCCAUAGAAAUAUUGGCAGUAGAAUGGCCUUACUGAAGAGCUCAGUGACUUUCAACGUGGCACCUUCAUAGGAUGCCACCUUUCCAACAAGUCAGUUAGUCAAAUGUCUGCCCUGCUAGAGCUGCCCAGGUCAACUGUAAGUGCUGUUAUUGUGAAGUGGAAAUGUCUAGGAGCAAAAACGGCUCAGCAGCAAAGUGGUAGCCACACAAGCUCACAGAACGGGACUGCUGAAGCACGUAAAAUCGUCAGUCCUCGGUUGCAACACUCACUACUUCCCAGAAGAGUGGAGGGUGUUAUAGCAUCAAAGGGGGGACCAACUCCAUAUUAAUGCCCAAUUUUGGAAUGAGAUGUUCGACGAGCAGGUGUCCACAUAGUUUUGGUCAUGGAGUGUACCUGACAUUUGACAUCUGUUUUUAAUGUUAAUGUUGUCUGUUCUCUGGCAGGUUGAAAGAGCGCAAAAUGUCUCAGGCGGAAAAAAUUAAGGUAAGUUCCAGACCUAGUAUGAUAAGAGGAUGCUCGCUUCCUCUCAGCUCAUUUAAUGUAAUACUGUCAGGCAGAUCCCUCAUAAUAUUCCAAUAAUUAUCUCUGCUUAUUUGGACUAGGCCUACACCAACAGGAUGUGAUCUGCUUUGGCAAAUCAGGAUUUAUUAGAAUUAAACCAUUGGGCCUAAAACCAUUUAGUCUUAAUUGCAGAAUGCAUGGCCACUCAAGCAGAUGCUGCCAGCUUCCAGGCAUCUGCCUCCUUCCCCAUGACUCACUGUUGUGCCUUGACCUGGGUCGAAAGGCCCCAGGCUCCAUGAAAACACUCCCAUCUCAGGCUUCACUCACUCAUGCCCCUUGUUCACAGAGGGGGAGGGGGAGCACUAGUCAUACAAAGCAGUAAACCAUAAUAGGUUUUGCAUUUCCAACGUAUGAGCUUAGUCUAGCUAUAUUAUGUAAAGGUAGUGUAAUAAUUCCUUCCUUACAUCUGUUUAUAAGCUGAAAAGAUGGGCCUAGGCCUAACUUUGAAACCCUUUAGCUAGACUGCACAUUCUCCCUCUUUAUGUACAGGCCUGUUAGGGCCAUGAACACUGGAAUGCAGUGUUAACUCACCCAAAGGUAAUUCGUGUACAGCUGGCUCUUUAGAGUAGCCCUCUAAUUGCUGGUUGUAAUGUUUGCUGUGAUUUGCACAACCCACAGAUAUGAUUACUAUAAUAUACUGUAGGUCCAUCCUAGCCUGAAGACCCGACGUUGAAUUGCAUUGAAUUAUACGGCGGGCAUCAAUGAGCGUUUGGAUAAGAAACGUUUAAUCUCACGAGCUCUACAAGCCAGAAUGUUGAAUAAAAUAAAAAUUGUACUUUACCUGUUGAUCCUUUUGCUGGUAGGAAUGUGAGAUAAUCUGUCCACAGGAAAGUGUAAUUAAAUCAACUUUUCAAAGCGCUGGUAGUGCAUUCAGAUUUGUAUCACCUGAAGCAUAUGCACAAAAUGAAAAUACAUGCACGGGACGCAUACAUACUUGCUGAACUCGUGCACGUGUUUACAUGGUUCUCCGCAUGCUUCAGGUUAUAGAAAUCUGAACGCUCUACCAGCGCUUUGAAAAGUUGAUUUAAUUAUACUUUCCUGUGAAUAUAUUGUCUCGCAUUCCUACCUGCAAAAGGACCAACCGCAUGGACAACCGGUAAAAUAAGUUAAAAUAUAAUUUUAUUCAACAUUCUGGCUUGUAGAGCUUGAGAGGAAACAUGUAUGCGGUUAAACUCAGACUGUGAACCAGAGGUAUCACAGUCUGAUUGUCAGGCAACCUAGGCUUGGGCGGUAUACCUUGGUAUUUGGAAAUAGCGACAGGAUGGUUUUUCAAUACCGUUGAAACUAUUUAUUUGAAGUUUUUCAAUACAUUUGAAUAUUUGUAGCAAUUUAAGUAAAUACCUGCACUCAACUUGUGCAGUGCGUUAGGAGAUGAAGCAGAUCGCGUUUUUAUUUCACCUGUCACAUUAUUUUAUGUUAUGAAGCUUACGUAGUUCCUCAGCACUGUUGAGCCAAUCACGUGUUUGUCUGUGUAUGGACAGGGUUCGCGUCUUAUAUUGAAAAUCGUGAUUUUUUGUUGUUGCUUCAAUAGAGUGAUCAGGGACGUGCAACUAUAGUUUUCCUUCCCAGAAAAUACAUACAUUCGUGCAACACAUCAGAUGACAACAGAAGUGCAACGCUGCUGGCAACCACACAAGUAAAUGUGCUUACAAUGAAAAAGCAAAAACGAUGCAUGGCCAUCAUAUUUCUAAUGUUUAGGCCUAUCAUAGAAAGAAUGUAGCCAGCUACUUUUCCUAAUGUUUUGCUUAAAAUUAAUGUAGCUUUUUAGGCAAAUAGGCUUGCUACACUGAUAGAAUGCCCGUUCCUGAGUUCUCAUCAGAGUUUAGAAGUGCAACUGAUGCACAAAUGUAGUUUGAUGCCGAGCAGAAAUUACAAUAAGAAGCAUUUUAGAUCUGUUUAUAAAACGCAGCAAGAUAUUUCUUAUGCGUCAUCUUUUUUUCCUGUGUGAAAAACGCAGAAUUAUGUGUUAACACGACACCUAGUUUAACUUUCUAUCUAAGUAAGUGGCUCAAUUAAUAAGGUCAUAUUAUGUUCGCUUUCUGCCUGUUUGAGAAGGCAAAAGCCUUUUGGAUGAGUUAUUUGUACAGCUGCCACUGGUCUUGAUUUCCUAGCGUUUUUUCUCGGCUGUCUGCACCUCCCCCUUCUUCUUCGAGCAGUCAGGUCCGGCCGCCGCCCGUUGCCCUAGUGACUCCAGACUCCACACGGACACAGUGUGUAGACCCUUCUGGAGAGCCUACUGCAUGCGUCAACUUUGUUUAUUUGCACAAUGUCUCUCGUUCACAUUCGCUUGUAAAUGUCCAAACUCACCAAAAAAAACAUUCGCUACCUAUAUAUGUAUAACUUUAUGAGCUGAAUUCCUGUCAUUUGCAAUUCGCUUAUUUUUGUUUGUGCUCGUUAGCAUAUUUAGCUAGCAGCCUCCAUGGAAAUUCGCUAUUACUUGUGCUAAUUCUUUUAGCAUUCUGGUAAUAGACGACCAAUUGACUUUUUAGCUUUCUUUGGCGCCCCCUUGUGUACUAAACCGGGGUGAGAGAAGGACGGUAUGAUUUGAAAAUCUGCAUAACGCCCAACCCUAGCAACCACAACCCAUGCCUCUGGAAAUGUCAGUAAAAAUGAUGGUAUACCUGGUUUGAAUGACUCGGGUGCUAAUGGACAUGUGAUGUUCUCUCAUGUUUUACAGCAGGGUCAAUUUACCAACCCAGAGACCCCGGGGUAUGUGGGCUUUGCCAACCUGCCCAACCAGGUGCACCGCAAGUCGGUCAAAAAGGGCUUCGAGUUCACCCUCAUGGUAGUUGGUGAGUGUCACAAUAUUUGUAACCUAAAUAAUGUCUGGUGUUUUUGUAUGGAGAGUUGUAUUGUUUGUAUGCAGUAGCUAGCCAUAGUUCCCUUUAGUUGGGCCUUAGACAGAAUGGAUACUCCAGUUGUUUGAUCUUUGCACAAAACCACUUUGUGUCUUGGGUUGUCGGUGAGUCUCCUGUUUUCUUGCUGCAGUUCUUUCCUCAGUUCAGAUUAUGAGUCUUGGCCUUCGAAUGGGGAAUGUUAAUGUUCACGCAGCUUUGUCAGAUCAUAAGCAUCUUAGGAAUGGGACGGCAACUGUAAGGAAUUGACAUUUUGGGUAUGCAUUUCCUUUUUCCUCGCUUCAUUUGGAGUCGGUGGAUAGCAUCUCUUCCUUAGGAAACAUAUGUACUGUGUAAGGCUGAACGAUUUUGGAAAAUAAUCUAAUUGCGAUUUUUUGCCCCCAAUAUUGCGAUUGCAAUUUAAUAUGCGAUUUAAUUUAUUUAUCCUUUUUCCCCUACAAAACAUAAUGAAUGAUUUAAAUAUGACCAACACAAUAGUAUAUACAUUUAGUGUGAAAUGUUCUUUCCCAUAGGCUGGGUCUAUUUGUUAGAAUUAAAUUCAAACAUGUAUGACUUGAAAUAAAUGACAUUUUUAUUGAACUGCUCAUUACAGAAACAUCUGUGGCUUUGCCACUGUGCAUUUAAAUAAUUUAAACAAAGGCAUGAACUUUGUAAACACUGUGUGCAAAAGGUACAGUCUUAAGAAAAAAAUAAUUUUAAAUUGUAUGUAUCUUACUGCUCCCAAGUCAGUAACAUUUCACACAACUGAAACAAGGAAUUUGCUUUGAAAAUAUUUUGUAAAAUCAAAGUAAAUAAAGUUAUAAAUAAAAAAUGAGAAAUGCACUUUUAAUUUAGACAAACUAUUUUUUAUAAACGAUUUGAAUAUUAUAAUAUAAAAUAGAUGAGCCUCACUUAUCUCAAGUACACAACAAUAACACACCACACAGACUAAAGUUCACUACGAGUAUGGCACUGCCAGCCAUACUUAUCCAACAGUUCUGUUCUCAGUGGCUCACAGGUUUUUUGCUAAGAAAACCAGAAUAUUGACUUUUUCUGGCUUCAAGGCUGAGCGAGUGCAAGUCACAAUAUUCCCUCCUGUGCUAAAAAGACGCUCUGAGGGAGCGCUUGUAGCAGGUACACAAAGAUACUUGCGUGCCAUGGUGCACAACUGUGGGUAGCUGAUCUUGUGCACCCUCCACCAAGCCAAUGGAUCAUCUUCUCCAUCAAUGGUAGGAGUCAUCAGGUAAUUGUUUAUCUCUGCCUCUGCGACAUCUUCAAGAUUUACAGGCAAAGAAGGAGAGGCUGAACUGGUCUUGAAAAAACUGCCAAGAGACCUCUUCGUCUUUUCCCCCAAGGACUGUGCACUUUGAGGCAUCUGAACAGUUUCAGUACGAGACCUCUUCUCCUAUUAGAUGAAAACAACAGCCAUUAGUUUUCCAGUUAGAUUUUACAGAAAAUUUUUGUUUUUGUGAAAUACAUAAUUAUUUACCCAAUGAUAUGUACGUUGUGCCAAGUCUACUAUCUCUGUCUUCAGACGAGUCUUGAUAGCAGGGAUGUUGUCUGUACUGAUGUACUGUAUUUUGAACCUAGGGUCCAGGAAACAGGCAACAUCCAAAAGCUCCUGGAUGUUUGGGUCUCCAUAUUUGUUAUUGAGGUAUGCUAGGACUUUGGUUUUUAUUGAUUUAGUCAGGUCAGUGUCCUCAGCAUCUUCAGCCAGGACUGAUGUGGCAAAAAGGUGGAGAACUGGCUUGAGGUAGGAGAUGCUUACAUACUCCUCUCCAGAAAGAGCAUCAGUAAACUCCAGUAGAGGAUGCAGUGCCUUGUGAAUCGACUCCAACACGUCAAUAUCCUGCCAGGUUGGGAUAAGGGAGCGUGCAUAUCGAUCUCCAGACAAUACCUGAGAAAUGGCUUUGGCCUGUUCAAGCACUCUGGCAAUCAUCAUUUCUUUAGAACCCCAUCUUGUUGGGCACUCCGUUAUGAGGUUGUGCUCAGGGAGUUUGAGCUCUCUCUGUGCCUCCGUCAGGGCUGCUUUCUUCUUCCAACUGUGGGAAAAGUGCCCCACCAGCUUCCUGCACAGUGCUGUUGCCCUUGACACUCUGUCAUCUUUGAGUGCAUUUUCUAAAAGAAAUAAAAAGUAGUGUAUUACACACAAUUUGAGUUUUGAUACAAGGCUCUCACUAUUACACACUCAAAUUAGCUGUAAUUCUGAAAUACACACAUCCACAACACAUCCUCUCUCUCUCUCUCAAUUCAAAGGGUCUUUAUUUGCAUGUCAAUUCUCUCUCUCUUUCUCUCUCUCUCUCUCUCAUAAACACUAAAAAAACAUGUAAAAAACAAAAACAAGAAAAGAAAAAAAAUGCAGGUGGGCAUUCCACCACAGACAGACAUAUGAUAUAAGCAAGUAAAAUGAAUUUACAUAUUAGAAAAGGAGUGGAAGUAUGAAUUUAUUUAAUCCCAUCCGAUUUAUAUAAUAUCAUUUAUAUAUAUUUGUAUAUUCAGCUUUACUAAUCGACGCAUCUCUCUCUCUCGCACUCGCGCACACACACACACACACACAAACACACACACACACACACACACACACACACGAUAACUUACCAAUGGCAAGAUGUAAUCUGUGGCCAAAACAUUGGAGCCUCGUCCAUUCAUUAAGCCGCGCAGCAAGCACCAUAUUCGACGCGUUGUCCGUCGUGAUGCAGACGUGAUUCUCCUCGUGGAGAUCCCAGCUGACAAGCCCUUCUCUCAGGCCGGCUGCAAUAUUUUCCCCUGUGUGAUCGUCUGGGAAGUAGGUAGUUUGUAGGCAGCGAGCUCGGAGGUUGAAAUCUUCAUCAAUAAAAUGGACUGUAAGACUCUGGUAUGGCUCAGCUGUGCGGCUUGACCACAUAUCAGUAGUGCUAGCAAAAAACUCCACCGUUUUAAGUUCCGCGGCGACUUUCUCUUUGCACUUUUUGUACAGCUCCGGUAUGGCAGUCUGACUGAAGUAUGUGCGGGAGGGUAUACUGUAACGUUUAUCAAGCGUAUGUAUUAAUGCCAUGAACCCAGGCUUGGUCACCGUGCUGAGAGGCAUCAUAUCUUUGGCUAUGAACUCGGUUAUUGUCCGAGUGAUUUCUCCGUGCCGUUUUGAAUUACGUUCAUACGGAGUGACACUUUCGAACAUUUCUGUCAGUGAUCCCUGUCUUGAGGUAUUUGGCUUGUCUCGCGCACUGAUGCUCGGCAUUUUGGUCAUACAACUGUCAUGCAUUGAUUUGUGGUAUUUUUUUAAGUGCUGAAACAGGUUUGUAGUGUUACCCCGUGAAGUAGCAAUCGGAGCACGGCAUGCUCUGCACAACACCUGACGCUGCUCAGCAUCUUCUUUUUUAAAACCAAAAUAGUUCCACACCACCGACGUGCUGUUCCUCUUCGAUAUUAAAGUAUCAGCUGUGUCAGUUUCUGACUGUUCCGUCGAGCAAGAGGCCAUUGCGCUGGACAGCAUGAAAAGUCGCGUCACGUGACCACCUCAAAUCGCGCACGUUGCGAUUAGAAAAUCGCGUUCAGUCAAAUCGCGAUAUUAUCGCGAAUGCAAUUAAUCGUUCAGCCCUAGUACUGUGUACAGGUGUUUUUUACAGAAUAAAACCAAACUGGGAUUAGGCCUAGUUUGUGCUAAGCAUUUAGGCAUCAGUUCAUGCUGUCGACAGAAUGGAAUGUGACUUCUUUGACCGUAAGCCUAGACAGUUGUUAGCUAGUUGACAAACGCAGACAUUUCCUUUUCUCAUAGCCUCGCCUCACCAUUUUCACAUUUCCCCACCCUCCCCACAAAUCCGUCAGUAACCACUGUUCCAAAUCUCAUCACUUCCUUCAGGGUUUUUACGUGAGUGUGUGUGUGUGUGUCUGAGACAGUGGGAUGUGUCAGGGAUGAUGUCAGAGGUCCUGGUUUAGGUCACAGUUGUGAGUCCAGCUGCGGACAGUCUCCAUGUAAACGGAUGGAGACAGGGUUUCUCUGGGUCCUCUGGUUUAGCUGUGUGAAAUGGUUUUCCUUUUUCUCAGCUCCCUAUGUGUCUGUGUGGUGUAGGGGAGGAGGAGAGCCCUAUUGCACACUCAUCCGCUCUGCCUUAAAAUAAACCAGACUGGAAUGUGGCCCUGUGUGCUGGACAGGCCUCUGCUGCCGGAAAGUUUCUGUGUGUGUGACUGUGUGCGUUUAGAUAAAUCUGCUUUUAUUGCCAGGUUAAUGCAUUUCCCAGGCUAUGAGAGGCCUAAUGUGUGUCAUUGGUUAGUGCCUGGCUAAUAUACAGAGUCCAGGCUGGAUGUCUGCCAACUAGCGGGCUAUGUUGGGUAUUUUGUGGAAAAAUGAAAAACCCUGCACACAUCUAAUUGUAGAUUCUUGUAGUAUUUGUGGUUUGUAGACUAAAAAGUAGUCGGUUAUAAACAGGUAUAUUGCCUUUACCUUCUAUUGGCUGUUUUGCCAUGCAGGCACAAUACAACCUGUUCUAUUCUGUUUUAAUUCGGUCCCUUUUUUGGAACAGAAUGAUAGUUUUUAUAUUGAUGAUUCUGUGUGUCGUGUUUAGGUGAGUCUGGUCUGGGGAAGUCCACCCUCAUCAACAGCUUGUUCCUCACUGAUCUCUACCCAGAGAGAAUCAUCCCCGGAGCAGCAGGUAAGACCAUACACACACCCCACGGCCACACUCCCAGUUGUUACUCCUGAAUUAAUUUGUUCCUGUAUAACCUAAUGGGAGUCCAUUUUAAAACCAAUUACGCCAAAUCACCCCUCAUUUAUUCAGUGGCCUCAAGAGUAUCUGUAAAGUAAAAGCCUAACCUUUUAUUGUGAUCCACAGAGAAGAUUGAGCGCACGGUUCAGAUCGAGGCAUCCACGGUUGAGAUCGAGGAGCGAGGGGUGAAGCUCCGCCUCACCGUGGUGGACACGCCUGGAUACGGUGACGCCAUCAACAGCCAGGACUGGUACGCCACUAUGGUUGUAUAGACGGGAGACCUGAUCCUGUCAGUUCAAAUUUAAUAACUUUAUUUCUCCAUGAUCACCUACAUCUGUUUGUGCAUGGACAAUUAUGUUAUUACUGGAAUACAGUUGAUGUAUUUGGAUAUCUUUAUAGUAAAAAAAAAAUAUAUAUAUAUCUAACAGUUGUACCCAUGUCAUACGGUCAUCACUAGAUACCACAGCCACAACGUUUUAAUUAUGGCUCAACCCUUCCUAUUUCUACAAUUGAUCAUCUUAAAAUCGGAUUUUAACCCUAAGCUUAACCACAACUGCUAACCUUAUACCUAACUUUAAAUUAACAUCAAAAAGCGAAUGUUUGUUUUUAUGAUAUAUUUAGAUUUUGUGGCUGUGGUAACUAAUGACAACGAUGUCACACAAGGUGUUUAACUAUAUGGUACCGCCAGCAUUUCUAAUGGCCACCACCGUGCUCCUCUCUUCUCCCCCAGUUUCAGCACCAUCAUCGCCUACAUCGACGACCAGUUUGAGCGCUACCUCCACGACGAGAGCGGUCUGAACCGCCGGCACAUCGUGGACAACCGUGUUCACUGCUGCUUCUAUUUCAUCUCCCCGCUGGGCCAUGGGUAUACACACUAGGGUUGGGCGAUAGUAUCGGCUAUUGAAGCUGAUUGACAGCCAUCGUCGAUGGCGACGACAUGGUGAUAUGACAGACGAUGUAUAGCCUAUUUCAACUUGACUGGCACCACACAGUACAGAGCUGACCGGCAGCCCACAGCAGGGCCAUGCAAAGUGGCCUAUUCCUUUGCUAUAGCCUGCAUAACCUUUUUCAAUACAUAUGUUAUAAACAACUCAUAGAAUGCAAGAGAACAAUGUAGACAGAGCUAAGAUUUCACCAAAGCAGCGCAAAAUGUCCAGUCAGAACAUUUUCAUUUUUUUUCUCUCUCAAUGUCAGAUGAUUUGGGCCAUAUAGCCAAAGCCUAUUUUUUUUUUAUAGCAGACUAAUUAUUUGAAAAGCCCAAUUUGGUAUUUCCUCUCCAUUUGAUGUGAAUAUUACUUUAGUUUUUAUGCAUACUGGCUUUCUCCCGCCGUGCUACUUCAUGAUAAAACAAUGAGUUUAUCUAAAGGAGUUGUUAACGUUUUAAGUUAUUUUUGAAUAACCUAAAAACAUUAUAGGCCUAAGGUAAUAAUGAGAGGGGUAGAACAAACAAUAGCAAGAUAGAAAAAUCUAACGAGUAGUUUGAACAAACCUUAGUUCAACAAAGCUUAGUCUAAAAUAAAUGAUGCAUGUAUCCUUCCUCCUUGCCGUUGCGAACCAAAUGGCCAAAAGUCAAAUCCUACUAAUUUAAAAUAGCCUAACAAAAGCAUUAAGACAAGUUUAGUUAUGAGGAGUAUUUACAUAGGCGUACAGAGGCCCAUUAUCAGCAACCAAUGGCACAUUGUGUUUGCUAAUCCAAGUUUAUCAUUUUAAAAGGCUAAUUGAUCAUUAGAAAACCCUUUUGCAAUUAUGUUAGCACAGCUGAAAACUGUUGUGCUGAUUUAAAGAAGCAAUACAACUGGUCUUCUUGAGACUAGUUGAGUAUCUGGAGCAUCAGCAAUUGUGGGUUCGAUUACAGGCUCAAAAUGUGUACAUCUCAAACUCUUUCCAUAGCCUAUUAUUAGCAAUGUAUAGAAGCCUACCUACAACAUAUAGAAGCCUACCUACAACAUAUAGAAGCCUACCUACAACAUAUAGAAGCCUACCUACAACAUAUAGAAGCUUACCUACGUAUAGAAGCUACCUACAACGUAUAGAAGCCUACCUACAACGUAUAGAAGCCUACCUACAAUGUGUAGAAGCCUACCUACAAUGUGUAGAAGCCUACCUACAACGUAUAGAAGCCUACCUACAACGUAUAGAAGCCUACCUACAACGUAUAGAAGCCUACCUACAACGUGUAGAAGCCUACCUACAAUGUGUAGAAGCCUACCUACAAUGUGUAGAAGCCUACCUACAACGUGUAGAAGCCUACCUACAACGUGUAGAAGCCUACCUACAACGUAUAGAAGCCUACCUACAACGUGUAGAAGCCUACCUACAAUGUAUAGAAGCCUACCUACAAUGUGUAGAAGCCUACCUACAACGUAUAGAAGCCUACCUACAAUGUGUAGAAGCCUAGGCCUAAUAAUAAGAGGAAGAUUAGGCAAAAAUUUGAAUCAUUGAAUAAUUAAUCCCCUGUAGCUCAGUUGGUAGAGCAUGGCGCUUGCAACGCCAGGGUUGUGGGUUCAUUUCCCACGGGGGGCCAGUAUGAAAAUGUAUGCACUCACUUACUGUAAGUCGCUCUGGAUAAGAGCGUCUGCUAAAUGACUAAAAUGUAAUUAUCCAGUUCUGAGGACAGCAGAGUUGCGUGGCUGCAGCCGGGCCCUUGAUGAUUCACAACCCAUCACACGAUGCACAGCCAGCGAGGCUCAUUUAACUGCCACUUGCAUGUUGGGGCACACACUUCUUUCCUGCCACCGCACUAACAGAGAGGAAUAGGCUACUAAAAAAUAUUUGCCUCCAAAAUAUAUUUUGUCAUGAGUCCUCGCAUCCCGUUUGAGUUUUUUUUGUUUAGUUUUUCAUUUUUGGUUGGCCAAUAGGGGGCGAUAACAUCGUAUAACAAGUUUUUUUUUUUUAUGGGUGCCAAUGCUUAAUCACAGUAGGACAAAGGUUGACAUCGCCCAACCCUAACACACACCAAUAGUACUACUAGUAGUACCAUAGCAAUGCCAGUCUUGACAAUGUAAUAUAUGAUGAAAUGCAAUCCAAACUAGUAAUACUAACAUCACAUUUUCAACAUUUUAAUUUACCUUGACUUUACAUGAGCACCCCCCUGUGGAAUGUUCAGUUCUUACACUCCUCUCGCUCUCUCUCUCAGGCUGAAGCCUCUGGAUGUACAGUUCAUGAAGGCCAUCCACAACAAAGUCAACGUGGUCCCUGUCAUCGCCAAGGCCGACACGCUCACCCUGAGAGAGAGGGAGAGGCUCAAGCGCAGGGUAGGAGACAUAUUAUAGCUCAACGUCAGGGUAGGAGACAUAUUAUAGCUCAACGUCAGGGUAGGAUACCUAUUAUAGCUCAACAUCAGGGUUGGAGACAUAUUAUAGCUCAACAUCAGAAUUGGAAACACAUAGCUCAACGUCAGGGUAGGAGACAUAUUAUAGCUCAACGUCAGGGUAGGAGACAUAUUAUAGCUCAACGUCAGGGUAGGAGACAUAUUAUAGCUCAACGUCAGGGUAGGAGACAUAUUAUAGCUCAACGUCAGGGUAGGAGACAUAUUAUAGCUCAACGUCAGGGUAGGAGACAUAUUAUAGCUCAACGUCAGGGUAGGAGACAUUAUAGCUCAACGUCAGGGUAGGAGACAUAUUAUAGCUCAACGUCAGGGUUGGAAACACAUAGCACAACGUCAGGGUAGGAGACAUAGCUCAACGUCAGGGUAGGAGACAUAUUAUAGCUCAACGUCAGGGUUGGAAACACAUAGCUCAACGUCUGGGUAGGAGACAUAUUAUAGCUCAACGUCAGGGUUGGAAACACAUAGCUCAACGUCAGGGUAGGAGACAUAUUAUAGCUCAACGUCAGGGUUGGAGACAUAUUAUAGCUCAACGUCAGGGUAGGAGACAUAUUAUAGCUCAACGUCAGGGUAGGAGACAUAUUAUAGCUCAACGUCAGGGUAGGAGACACAUUAUAGCUCAACGUCAGGGUUGGAAACACAUAGCUCAACGUCUGGGUAGGAGACAUUAUAGCUCAAUGUCAGGGUUGGAAACACAUAGCUCAACGUCAGGGUAGGAGACAUAUUAUAGCUCAACGUCAGGGUAGGAGACAUAUUAUAGCUCAACGUCAGGGUAGGAGACAUAUUAUAGCUCAACGUCAGGGUAGGAGACAUAUUAUAGCUCAACGUCAGGGUUGGAAACACAUAGCUCAACGUCAGGGUAGGAGACAUAUUAUAGCUCAACGUCAGGGUUGGGAACACAGCUCAACGUCAGGGUAGGAGACAUUAUAGCUCAAUGUCAGGGUUGGAAACACAUAGCUCAACGUCAGGGUAGGAGACAUAUUAUAGCUCAACGUCAGGGUAGGAGACAUAUUAUAGCUCAACGUCAGGGUAGGAGACAUAUUAUAGCUCAACGUCAGGGUAGGAGACAUAUUAUAGCUCAACGUCAGGGUUGGAAACACAUAGCUCAACGUCAGGGUAGGAGACAUAUUAUAGCUCAACGUCAGGGUUGGGAACACAUAGCUCAACGUCAGGGUAGGAGACAUAUUAUAGCUCAACGUCAGGGUAGGAGACAUAUUAUAGCUCAACGUCAGGGUAGGAGACAUAUUAUAGCUCAACGUCAGGGUUGGGAACACAGCUCAACGUCAGGGUAGGAGACAUAUUAUAGCUCAACGUCAGGGUUGGAAACACAUAGCUCAAUGUCAGGGUUGGAAACACAUAGCUCAACGUCAGGGUUGGAAACACAUAGCUCAACGUCAGGGUAGGAGACAUAUUAUAGCUCAACCUCUUGACUCUCAAAUGUAUACAAUAGGAGAACAAGUUAAGUAGUGUCAAGUAGCACAGGAUAAGUAGUGUCAAAUGAGGGAUGUGGAUGUAGCUAUCGUCCUUUCUUAUGACAACUGCACCAUGUGCCUGUAUUGUUUAAAUAAUCCCUCUGUGGAUCAAUAAAGUACUGUAUAUAUUCAAAUCAAAAGUUAAAGCGCAGCUAAAGUAAAUUGCCAAAAUGACGUUUCCAUCCUCCAUGUUGCUGUAGAUUCUGGAUGAGAUUGAUGAGCAUGGUAUCAAGAUCUAUCACCUCCCUGACGCAGAGUCUGACGAGGACGAAGACUUCAAGGAGCAGACCAAGAUUCUCAAAGUAACCCUCCUCAUCUCCUCCACUCAUUUAUCUCCUUACAAAGAUUCCUAAUGCAAAACGUCUUUCCUUAUAUUUAUUCAAUAAAAAAACAUCAAAACUCAGUCUUUUUUAGUAAAACCAGGGUAAUUGGUAUUUUGUCUGGAACCCCAUUAGCUGUUGCGAAAGCAGCAGCUACUCUUCCUGGGGUCCACACAAAACAUGAAACAUUACCUAAUACAGAACAUUAAUAGACAAGAACCGCUCAAGGACAGAACUACAUACAUUUAAAAAAGGCACACGUUGGUUGAUUUAGGGUUGUGGGUUUGAAUCCUGCAUGGGCCACAUAUACUGAAUAUAACAUGGUAGCUAUUUGAACCAUUAACCUCUGCUCUUUCCUUGUCCUCUCCUGUCUCCCCCCUAGGCCAGUAUUCCCUUUGCGGUGGUGGGCUCCAACCAGCAGAUUGAGGCCAAGGGGAAGAAGGUGCGGGGUCGCCUGUACCCCUGGGGCGUGGUGGAGGUGGAGAACCCCGAGCACAACGACUUCCUCAAGCUGCGCACCAUGCUCAUGUGAGUGGGUGGGAGAGGGGGGGACUGCACUGGUGGACCUUAUCAUCUGAGGGGCUGCUCUGGUUUCUUCAUACAUCAGACUUGAAUAGCAGCAUCAAGCAGCGUUGAAUAGCAGCUUGAGAAUCCUGAUUUGAAAUAGUGAGGAAUGGAGAUUUGAUUUAGUGUUCAUGGUUGAUUUAGCUUAUACUCUGAUAUCGAUGAAUGCUUGUCUUUUACAAAGCUGUGUCAGUUGUAAGAACUGUGUAGCUGCGGUUCUGGAUUCUCUGGAACCCGAUUUCUGCGCGUGAAAUCUCCGUAUUCGCAGCCACGGCCAUAAUUGUGUAUGUUUUAUCAAUCUGUGAUCAGUCAUAAGUAGUGGCUGUCCUGUCUCACAUACUGCUUGGUGUUUCGAUUAUGAGGUAACCCUCUUGUGAUUGACUAACUUGAGUUAAGUCAUUGGUUUAGUGCUUCAUUGAUUGACUGAUACCUAUCCAUCCGCAGCACUCACAUGCAGGACUUGCAGGAGGUGACCCAGGACCUGCACUACGAGAACUUCCGCUCUGAGCGCCUCAAACGGGGUGGCAGGUUGUCCUCCCAUGGUUACGUUCUGUCUCCUGCGUACGUACUUGUCUGCUUGCCUUUCUGCACCCUGAAACCUCCCAAAGCUAGUAAUAUAAUAUACAGCCAAAGACAAAGGCUUAAUGCCACAUACACAGCUGAAUAUAACAGAGAUUAUGUUGAUACCGUUCGAACACAAGACUCGCUUGACUUACUUGGAAUUGAAUGACUUAUCUCCUUAUAAAGACAAUGAAUGGGUAACUAAUCCAGUGUCUCAAAGUCAGACAGUUCCACUUAUCUGGGGCUAACUUCUGUCAAGAAGUAGUUAGGUGAUCUUCAGCAUUAAAAGUCAUUAACAUUACACUGUUGGAAAACACUUUACAACAAUUUGACCUUGGUAGUGGGUUAGAGUUAGGUAUGUAUAGUCAGUGGGCUAUUUUUGACCUUGGUAGUGGGUUAAGGUUGCAUUUUCUAGUGGGCUAUGGGUUUUUAACCAGUAUAUAGUUUGGUUAUAGGUUGUAUGGGUAUCAUAUAACUCUAGGAGUGUGGAUCCUUUAGAUUUUUUGAGACCUUCCUCUAUAGCCAAUCCAGGAGAAGGGAGUGAUUUUACUGCCUUCCCAUUGACUUGUCAUCAGCCCAAUGAUGGUUCUCUGGUCUGUCCAAUCCCCUGAGUGGACUGUUAGAGGUACCCCCCCCGACCCUCUCUUCUUGCUUCUGCAGCUUGCCUUCUAGCACCCAGCUGUCCACUGUUCUACCCCCCAGCCUGUUCUUUCUCGCUGAGUAAUUAACCUGCCCCUCUUUCUACUUUCUAAGUGUUGCUUUUGUCACGUCUGCUUAAAUACUAGAAAGCUAGAAACUGCACCCCCCACACACACACACAACCACCAGAUUUGGGCUUUUACUAAACUGCCUUCCAGAGAGCCCCUAUGCACAGUGGGGUUUUCACUCCACUCUACCUUUCUGCUGAUUCUAUGAAUGACAAUGAGAUGCUUUUCAAUACUGUCUUUUCAUCUGAUUGCACAAACUAUGUAAAAACAGACUCGCAAGAACUUGAAAUGUACAACGUUUCCAGUGGAUAUUUACGGUAAGUCUCCCCAAUGAUUGGGCCUUUAGCCUAAAGAGCCAAACUCACCAAACCUGUGUCCGUGUUACAGGCAGGGGCAGGGGCCUGAGCCGGAGGAAAUGGACAAGGACAUGAUCCUGCAGGAGAAGGAGGCUGAGGUGGGAUAACUAACUAUUCAUAUCCCCCUCAUUCACCACCUACCUUUCACACUACCCUUCUACUAUAUAUAUAUAUACUCACUCACUCACUCACUGACUGACACUACCGGUCAAAAGUUUUAGAACACCUACUCAUUCAAGGGUUUUUCUUUAUUUUUACUAUUUUCUACAUUGUACAAUAAUGAACACAUCAAAACUAUGAAAUAACACAUGGAAUCAUGUAGUAACCAAAAAAGUGUUAAACAAAUGAAAAUAUAUUUCAUAUUUGAGAUUCUUCAAACCAGCUUCAUGAGGUAGUCACCUGGAAUGCAUUUCAAUUAACAGCAAAGUUAAUUUGUAGAAUUUAUUUCCUUAAUGCGUUUGAGCCAAUCAGUUGUGUUGUGACAAGGUAGGGGGGUAUACAGAAUGUAGCCCUAUUUGGUAAAAGACCAAGUCCAUAUUAUGGCAAGAACAGCUCAAAUAAGCAAAGAGAAACGACAGUCCAUCAUUACUUUUAAGACAUGAAGGUCAGUCAUAUGGAAGAUUUCAAGAACUGUUAAAGUUUCUUCAAGUGCAGUCACAAAAACAAUCAAGCGCUAUGAUGAAACUGGCUCUCAUGAGGACCGCCACAGGAAAGGAAGACCCAGAGUUACCUCUGCUGCAGAGGAGAAGUUCAUUAGAGUUACCAGCCUCAGAAAUUGCAGCCCAAAUAAAUGCUUCACAGAGUUCAAGUAACAGACACAUCUCAACAUCAACUGUUCAGUGGAGACUGUGAAUCCGGCCUUCAUGGUCGAAUUGUUACAAAGAAACCACUACUAAAGGACACCAAUAAGAAGAAGAGACUUGCUUGGGCCAAGGAACACGAGCAAUGGGCAUUAGACCGGUGAAAAUGUGUCCAAAUUGGAGAUUUUUGGUUCCAACCGCUGUGUCUUUGUAAAGCAUGGAGGUGUUGUGGUGUGGGGGUGCUUCGCUGGUGACACUGUCUGAUUUAUUUAGAAUUCAAGGCACACUUAACCAGCAUGGCUACCACAGCAUUCUGCAGCGAUACACCAUCCCAUCUGGUUUGGGCUUAGUGGGACUAUCAUUUGGUUUUCAACAGGACAAUGACCCAACACACCUCCAGGCUGUGUAAGGGCUAUUUUACCAAGAAGGAGAGUGAUGGAGUGCGGCAUCAGAUGACCUGGCCUCCACAAUCCCCCGGCCUCAACCCAAUUGAGAUGGUUUGGGAUGAGUCGGACCGCAGAGUGAAGGAAAAGCAUCCAACAAGUGCUCAGCAGAUGUGGGAACUCCAUCAAGACUGUUGGAAAAGCAUUCCAGGUGAAGCUGGUUGAGAGAAUGCCAAGAGUGUGCAAAGCUGUCAUCAAGGCAAAGAGUGGCUAUUUGAAGAAUCUCAAAUCUCAAAUAUAUUUUGACUUGUUUAACACUUGUUUUGGUAACUACAUGAUUCCAUAUGUGUUAUUUCAUCGUUUUGAUGUCUUCACUAUUAUUUUACAAUGUAGAAAAUAGUAAAAAUAAAGAAAAACCCUUGAAUGAGUAGGUGUUCUAAAACUUUUGACCGGUAGUGUGUAUGUAAUGUGUAUAUAUAUAUAUAUAUAUAUAUACACGUCCAUUCAAAUAUCACCUUUUAUGGGAGUGUCACAUGAUCUUGAAUACCCACUCGCAUUACCUCCUACACCCUCACUUGUACUUGAAGGACUGUGAUACGUUUAUUUCAUGUGAUAGGUGGUUGUUUUGAGGGGGGGGAUUUUAGUCAGUCAGUGUUCUAUGUUUUUGGUAGUAAUGCUGUUUGUUCUGUGCAGCUGAGGAGGAUGCAGGACAUGAUUACCAAGAUGCAGGCCCAGAUGCAGAUUAAGCCUGACGGAGCGGGAGAUGUCCAGCAUGUGUGAAAUACACCACGGUAAGAACAAGUCCAUUUGACACUAAACACAACAAAGCUGUGCUGUGAAGACUGAAAUGUACACUAUGGCAUAUUGUGCACCUGUAUGGCUAAGUUGGUAAGGGCGUGGCGUUAGCAAUGCCAAGGUCGUUGAUUCAAUACCUGUAUCAAAUACACAUACAACAAAUAUUUGAACUCUCUGAACUGUAAGUCUCUUUGGAUAAAAGUGUCUGCUAAGUGGUAAAUAUAAUUUUGAUUACUAUAUUCAGAGAUACUCAAGCAGAUUUGUUAAUAUUUUUUAAGUCUUUUGUGUUCAUAUACAUCCAAAGUUAGGAAGUACAAGUCAGAAUUUUACAGUAUGGUCUUUCCUUGCAGGUUUUAAAGCUGUUAUUUGAGCUUGACCAGACAUGGAUGGAAGGAUUGCAGAAGAGAAGGAAGAUAACUGGUCCUUGUCUCAUACUGCUUGCCACUAUUUUUAGUUUAUUUCGCUCCUACUUGGGAUUAUUUUGAGUUUUCUUUUGUUGUUUUUCUUUAUUUUUAUAUAAACAGUAUUAUGUUUUUAUAUUUACACUUUCUUUGUAAUAUUCCAUAUUGCUCAUUAUUCAUUUGUUCCAUUCUAUUGGACCAUGCCAGUUAGUCACCAAAUGAAGAAUAACACUCCUUUAACCUGGAGUAUGCUCUUAUUAUAGUGGCCAUUGUUAUUUAAUUUUUUUGCUGUUGAGAAAGCCAAAAGCUGCUGCUGCUGCCCCUCCUCAGUAAUGUCAUAGCCAAGGCUGUCCACUCGGCUCCAUCUAAAACCACUCACCAACCAUCAAUCAUGUUGCCAACUGUGGUUACCAGUGGGAAAGGCCAAUUUACUGUGAAAGUUAGCAGCUCUCUUCUGUCUUUCAUGGAGCCAUACAGCUAAAACCGUAAUACUUUUUUUUCUUUAAUGGUUGUCAUGCCAAUGUUGGAGAAUUCUUUAAAGAUAGUAUAUUGGUUAAAGAUAUUUUUUAAAGAUCUAGUCUUUCGAAAAGCAGCUAAAUGAUUUUUCCUUAAUCCUAGGAUUCAUUGACAGGGUUCUUUCUCCCACUCCCCUUGCAUGCAGUUCUUAACCCUGUCUGACGUUGUGUUGAAACGACUGGUUAUGACUGAAAUGCAUGACACUGACCUUCCCAGUCAUCCUGUAGCCCUGAACCAAUGAAGGAGACAUACCUUGGUGUUUUUUACUGUAUGUGCCUCUAUAAAUACUGGGCCUGUAAAGAGUCUGAGGAGGAGUGCCGAUCUAGGAUCCUUUCAGCCUUUUUAGAUCAUGAUGAAUAUGGUUACAUAGACUGGGGGACCUCCCUUACAAAAAAAGAUUGCAGUUUUGUAACUGCAGUCGACUGGUAUUUUGGACGCAGAAUAACUGCAGUUAAACUGCAAUUUUACUGCACUCUUAACUGCAGUUCCACUGCAAAAUUACUGCAGUAAGAAAAAGUGUUGUUUCGGAACGCAGCUUACUGCAGUUAUUCUGCACUCUGACAGCAAUCUUUUUUGGUAAGGGCUGAUCCUAGAUUAGCACUCUUACUCUGAGAUGCUUUAUGGGCCUGGGCUCCCUACGCCCCCAGGCUUUAACAUAUUGUAAAGGGAAUUGAGGUUCGAGGCGCAAGUCCUGGUGAACUAAAAGUACAUUGAAUUACUGUGAUGUUCGGACCAGGCUCAUGCAUUGCAGAUGACAUUGGCUUUUCUUCGUGGCCCCCCCGUGAUAUUGAUUGUGGAAUAACGUGCGUCCAGAGUAUGUGUGAUGAGGUCGUGCUGUAAAGGCACACUGUACUUCGUGUUAUAUGAUACCUAUCCAUAUCCUUCUGUUCUUUAUGGCUGUGUGUCAAUGGGUUAAGACUGACAUUUGGAUGUUGGACAGGCCCAUUUACAGUGGCUAUGACCAUCAUCAUGGUGAUCUGGUUUGUUUGUGUCACCCGCUUGGCCCAUAUCCCACACAAGCCAAGCCAGAGUUCUUAACAUUCCAGUUUCUGCUGUUUUAUCCAAUAACUGUCAAAUAAAACCCUUGACGUAUACAAUCUUGUAUUAAAGUUUUUAUUAAAGCUAGA